AUGGCUCCGACAUUGCAGGGCGAGUGGAUCAAGUUGGAGCAAACAGGAAAGGGACCAGGACCGAGGAGUGCACACGCCAUAGCCGUGGUCGGAGACAAGUUGUACUGUUUCGGAGGCGAGCUAACAGCCAAUAUCCCCAUCGACAAAGACCUUUACGUCUUUGACCUCAACACUCACACUUGGUCCAUCGCUCCGGCCACCGGAGACAUCCCUCAUCUAUCCUGCAUAGGUGUCUCCAUGGUAGCCGUCGGAUCCAAACUCUACGUUUUCGGCGGCCGUGAUGCAACCCGACAGUAUAACGGGUUCUACUCAUACGACACGUUGACAAACGAGUGGAAGCUAGUGACACCGGUUGAGGAAGGACCCGAGGCUCGUAGCUUCCACUCGUUGGCUUCCGAUGAGAAGAACAUCUACUUGUUUGGCGGUGUGAGUAAAACCUCACGGCUCAAGUUGCUACACGCGUUUAACGUUGCGGAUGAGAAAUGGGUUCAGCUACCAACUCCGGGUGAUUCUUGCAAAGAAAGAGGAGGAACGGGUCUCGUGCUGGUGCAAGGAAAACUAUGGGUGGUUUACGGGUGUGAUGGUUGCGAAACUGAUGAUAUUCAUUUCUGUGAUCUUGAGAAGAAAGAAUGGUCAAAAGUCGAGACUACUGGAGAGAAACCGCCGCCGAGGAGCGUUUUCGCGACGGCGGCUGUGGGGAAGUAUAUAAUAGUAGUUGGAGGUGAGAUCAAGAUGGACCCUAAUGCCCAUGUCGGUCCUGGGACGUUGUGUGGUAAAGGUUUCGUGUUGGACACGGAGACGCUGGAAUGGAGUAAACUGGAAGGAAACGGUGAGGAGGAGACGGUUAAGCCCGGUCCACGUGGUUGGUGUGCCUCGACGGCUGCAACCAUCAAUGGAAAGAAUGGGAUGCUGAUGUUUGGCGGGAAGGCUCAGACCAACGAACGCUUAGAUGAUCUCUACUUCUACGCAGCGAAUUCCGCGUAA